AUCAAUACUCCAGUCAAAAUGUACACCCUACUUCUGUUGACUUUAUUUUCAACUGCUUACGCUAAUGUCUUCUUCGACUCUAAGUGUCCAGAAGUCAAAUCUGCGGAAAACUUUGAAUUCUCUAAGUUCGGAAAAGGUGACUGGUAUGAAAUUGCAAGAUACCCUAUUGAUCUCGAAAAGGACUCCAAAUGUGUAAAAGUUAUCUACACUUGGAUGGACGACCACGCCAUGGUGAAGUGUAUCCUGAUGGUAAACGACAAACAAGUGGAAUUAAACGGUAUCAUGAGACCAGUGGUAAAGGCUGGAAACACUGAAAAACUUUUCUGUUCCGUAUCUAACGAAAACGUAAAACUCGAGACAGAUGUUUACAUCUUGGAUAUUGACUAUGAUAAUUACGCUAUUGCUUAUGGCUGCAAAUAUGAUGAAGAGAAGAAAUCACGCCAAGACUUUGCUUGGAUAAUGUCUAGGAGCAACACUUUAAGUCCUGCCAUCAAAGCUAAAGUUGAGAAAUUCGUGAAAGAAUCUGAAUUUCUUUACAACGAUAAAUUCUUCUGGCCUGAAACCUCAUGCGUAGCUAACUAAAACGUAUUCCUGGUUGCGUAAAACAAAAAAAAGUUGAAUAUUA